AUGGCAUCAGCAGAAGAACAAAAGACAAUAAACGAGCUCCAGGCGAACUGGAUCUGGGUUCCAAACUGGACCGACUCUUCAAACACGAACACAGCUGGACAGAUAGUUCACUUCACGCGUAAUGUUAAUUUAUUGUCCCGAGCGACGAAAUCUGUGCUGCAUUUCUCAGCCGACACACGUUACAAGCUCUAUGUGAAUGGCAAGCAUAUUGCCGUCGGGCCGACUCGCAGUAGUCCUUUGAUCUGGUACUAUGAUACACUGGACAUUGCGCCCUACCUAAAGGAGGGACAUAAUGAGAUUCGAUUUGUGGUUAUCCGGUACUUCGCGGCUUUGAGGAGUGCAAUGCCCUUUGUGCGGACGGCUCUUCCAGGAUUAACCGUUAUUGGAAAUAUUGAGACAGGCGAUGAGGUUGUCAAUCUUGCUUCUUCCGAGAAUUGGAUGGCAUCUGUGGAUGAAAGCAUCCAGUUUCCAAUGGGAUUGGCUGACGAUGUGUUCCUUCAUAUCAGCGAGCGCAUCGCUCCUGCAACCCCCGGUGCUGCUGUGACACCAUUCGCUUACAAGAUGAGGACGCUCAAUGGCGAUAUUCCGCCCUGGAAUUUGCGCCCGCGCUCUAUCCCCAUGCCUGAGUCAACGCUAGCCAUUGUAAAAACCAUCAGAGCAUGCAACAGUCUGGUUGAUAUCAGCGAUUGGACAGCCUUCUUUGCGAAUAAUAAUUCCCUCGCCCUUCCUGCGAGCUCAACUCAUACGCUUGAAGUGCAAGCGGAUGUCCAUUCGACCGCAUUCGUUCGAUGGGCCUUCAAGGCAACCAAGAAAGCUUCUUAUAUCAGACUUAAAGUCACACACUCAGAAGGGUAUGAGCUCGAGCCCCGAUCGUACCCUUUCUUCCGCUCCAAAGGCGACCGAAUGGAUGCAAGUGUCGGCCAUAUUGUCGGACCAUACGAUGAGGUGAAACUUGAUAUUCCCGGCACAGAAACUGCGAUCUACGAGCCAUUCUGGUUCCGAACCUUCCGUCUCAUGAGAAUAGAAAUUACUGUAGGCCCUGAGCCAAUUGAGCUGGUAUCCUUCGAUGCUACCCAGGUAAAUUACCCCAUGGCGGUCAAGGCCAGCUGGAAGGAGCCCGGCGACGCCCAUAGCGAGCGGAUCUGGGACGUGUCCAUCCGGACAAUGCGAAACUGCAUGUUCGACGGUUACUCCGAUUGCCCGUUCUACGAACAAUUACAAUACUCCGGAGACAGCCGAUCUGUCGGUCUAUUCCACUACCUCCUCUCAGGUGACGAUCGACUGAUGCGCCAGGCGAUUACAAACUUCGCCGCUUCAGUCACACCCCAAGGCCUUACACAGUCCCGUUUCCCCUCACACGUGCCGCAAAUCAUAGCCGGGUUCUCCCUGUAUUGGAUCCUGCAGGUCUGCGAUCACCACCUAUAUUUCGGCGAUACCCGCUUCGCACGAGGGUUCAUUCCGCGCAUCGACGGGAUCCUCGACUUCUUUGAUGCUCACAUCGAUGAGCUGGGUCUGGUAAGCGGACUGCCCGAAGUUGUUUGGCAAUACGUUGAUUGGGUGACCACCUGGGGUGCCACGGAUAACCAUCCUGACAAAGGAGUACCGACCUCCGGACGGAAGUCCAAUAGGCACACUUAUUUUAGCAUGCUUUAUGCGUGGGUUCUGCAGAAAGUUGCUGGUCUGGUGCGUGAUGUUGGUCGGCCGGGGCAUGCUGCUGAGUAUGAAGCGAGGGCGGAAUCGCUACUAGGGGCCAUUCAGGCUCAUUGCUAUGAUGGUAAAUUCUUUACCGACUCGACGGCUGACGUUGCCGAUGAGCUGUCAUAUUCCCAGCACUGCCAGGUCUUUGCUGUUAUCUGUGGAGCGGCGAGGGCCGAAGACUCUGCGCGAAUCUUGGCUGAAUCGUUUACAAAUGAUCGCUUCUCAAAGUGCUCGUAUAUGAUGCGGUUCUAUGCUUUCCGGGCGCUUGCUUUGGCUGGCGAGGAUCUGUAUGAGUCAUUUUGGGAGAGGAUGUGGGUUCCUUGGCGGGGGAUGCUGGCAAAUAAUCUCUCGACUUGGGAGGAGGAUGAUGUCAGACAGAGAUCUGAUUGUCAUGCUUGGGGAAGUGUGCCAAUUUAUGAGUACUGUACUGAGUUGGCGGGUGUUCAACCGGUCGCUGCUGGUUCGUCGAAGAUAUCUUUCAGACCUAGGCUUCGGUUGACCGGGGCGUUGGAAGCGAAGGUAGCACUAGGUAAGGAUAACCUAGCUACUAUUUCGUGGAAACUCUCCGGAAAUGAGAAUAUUGUGGAGCUUAGGCUUGAGAAGGCAGUUGAGGUCGUGAGCCAACUACCGAGAGGCAAGGAAGAAGAACAUGGGGUUGUGGAUUAUCUCAGGUUUGCUUUUAAGGAUUAA